AUGCCCUCUUCGCUGUGCAGGAAUGCCGACACAAGAAUUCUACACGUAAACAUCCUAACCUUCAAACUUUUGCAACUCAGGGCAACGCGGGCACCCCUUCUCGAGUCGACCCAAACCUGUGGAACAACCAUUACCCCACCGUCCUGCGAAAGAUUCAAGAAGAACCUGGCCGAGGCACAAAAUGGAAAGGAAGAAAAAACUAGCGUACUAGACGUCGGCUAUGUAGUUAGCGGAGCAACGCAAACCAAUGAAUGGCUCCCGGUCUCAGAUGCCCAUCUCUUCAAUGCCUCGGCCGAAGAAGAAGAAGCAGCAUCAAGUAAUUGCCCCCUCCCCCUCCACACUCCUCGAAUAAUGCGUUGCGAGUGGCCAUGUGGUUUUCCAUGGGCAGUGCUCCAUUUGCCUACAUUGGGAAGACUUGGGUCUACGCUGUACGCUGCUUGGUUUGGCCGAAUGCGAAUCAGAGGGCCCAAUCGAGGUAGAGGAGAGGCUUGCAAAUUGCGCUCGAUACUCGAUGCCGAUCCCAUGUCGCCAGGAACAAGUCCCGACAUACGUCCGCGCAAUACGACGAUGAACAGCUUGAGCUACGUGUCAAUUACCGAGGUCGAGACUUGUCACCUAUUUAUAUCAUUUGCUCCUCCCUCUUCGCGUCAGUUUACAUUCUACCCGUAA